AAGGGGCGGUGCGACGGGGAGGGGCGGAGGGAAGCGGUUAGAGGUGGGAGUUGGCGUUGCGGGCCGGGAGGGGCCGUGGAGCUGCGAUGCGGAAGGGACCGCGGCGGUGACCGGAGCUGCCGCCCGACAUGAACUCGCUGGAGCAGGCGGAAGAUCUCAAGGCAUUUGAGAGGAGACUUACAGAAUAUAUUCAUUGUUUGCAACCUGCCACUGGACGUUGGAGAAUGCUUCUUAUAGUGGUAUCUGUCUGUACAGCUACUGGUGCCUGGAACUGGUUAAUAGAUCCCGAGACACAAAAGGUGUCCUUCUUCACGUCAUUAUGGAAUCACCCGUUUUUCACCAUUAGCUGUAUCACUCUAAUAGGCUUGUUCUUUGCUGGAAUACACAAGAGGGUCGUUGCACCAUCAAUUAUAGCUGCUCGAUGUCGAACUGUAUUAGCAGAAUACAAUAUGUCUUGUGAUGAUACAGGAAAACUCAUUUUGAAACCUAGGCCUCAUGUUCAGUGACAAUCUGCACUCAUUGUUACGGGACCUAAAACAGCCUUUCUUCAAAUAAGUGAUACAGCAAAAAGCCAUAAAGGAUUCCUUUUACAGUUGGAUCUGUGAAGGUCAUAGCAACAACUGACAAGAAGUGUGCAAUAUUUACCCAGAUGAUCUCGAUGAUGACUUGCCUCGUCCGUGCUGGUACCUUUGAUUAUCUGUUACAGUAUUAGUGUCACUUUAGUACUUCAGACCCUGCAGAGACUUUUGCAGAUGAAGUAUGUCUGUAUGUUACUAAGUUAAACUUAGAAACAGAACCUCAUCCAGUUUUUAUAAUGUAUUUUUGCAAACUACUGUAAAUAGCAAAUCAAUGCCAAUGUCAAAGAGGGAAGCGUUCUGUGGACUUUGUUCUCCUGCACAGUAUCGUAGGGGCAUGUUUGCCAUCCCCACGGCUCUUUGAACCCAGCUAUCUCACAUAGCUGUGCCUUUCAUUCUUCCCCCCCUCGGUUUUAAUCAUAAUGCAAGAAAAACAUUGGAUUGAGUGUAAACUGAGGAAGACUCAUCUCCAUUGUGUUGUGAGAAAUUAAUAGAUGUUCUGAGAAACCAUUUUUGUUAAACCAGAUAGUGAACUUCAGCCACUCUUACGGUAACCAUUUCCAGUUUGUUCUUUUCCUUGAAUGCUAAAUAUACUUUAUAUUUUUUUAAUAAUUUUAAGAACACUCCAAAAGCUUCUGAACAUACAAGUUUAGUUAUAAAUUAUGUACUGUCUGGGAAUUUGAUAGUCCUCGUUCUAGAUCACUGCAUCUUCGCCGUGGCGGGCGGGCUGUUACACUGGUGUUGCGUGGGUGUGAUCAGCCGCUCCGUCACGGGGGUGACUUGGGAGCAGCGCCCCAAACUACAGUCUACAAUUCUCACUGUUCCGAGAGUGUUAAUGACAUACUGUGUAUGCAUUUUAGCCACCUGUACUAUAAUUGCCCUUUAUCUUAAACUAUUGGGAUUGCUGUAAAUAUUUUAAAGAACUGGAGGUGCCUUUUACCUGUUUAUUAGAAGAUUUUGAAAAGGUUUAAAUUAUUUCACGAGCAGUCUUUUAAAUUCCACUUAACAUAAAGCUGAAAAUUCACUCACAGGACAAAAACUUUUUAACAAGGCUACCAUUUAACUUAACUGUGUUCAUCUUGGCUUUCACCUGUAUAAGAUUUUAUUCUUGAAACUGCAGCAAUAAGAAAGACCCUCUGCUCCUACAAAGUCAUCAGAGGGUAUUCUAUAUAUUCGGCACUGUUUGAUUUUCUGUAAAUUUUGUAGGUAAAUAUGUGCAUAAAAAUAAAUACUUUAUAUAUAAUUAG